UUUUUCGCCACAACAAUGAUGGCCGCUCGCUCUGUGUGAGGGACUCUGACGCGUGACCGCGCCCAUGGUGCGGAUGCGCAUGCGCACUACCGAUCUUAGACUCUUAUUUUGAAAUUCGAGCCAGAAAGUUGUUUACGUCACUGCGUUACACUGCGCUUGAGGAAGCGAUUGACAAUUCCUCGAGCUUGUCGAACUUUGACGAAGAGUGUUUUUUUCUGAUUACUUCAUUGUUUCGAAACGCGUGUCGUUAAACCGGUUUUUCGCAGAAGGGUCUGAAUUAGCUCGCCAGCUAUCUGAUUGCAUUGAGUUGCUGUCAGCUCGCAGCGGUGAAGUGCACACUUAUCGAUCCGCAUCAAGAAACCCCUGGAGCCUCUCUAUCGAUCGCCAUUGAUCCGCUGAGAAUCUAUUGAUUGUGAAUGAUGGGGGCCCAGAGGAGCGAGGGACGCAGAGACUGGCUCCAGCAGGACUUCACCGAGCAGCAGGUCCAGACAGUGAAUCCCUGGAACAUCAUGAUCAAACACAGACAGGUGCAUCGCAGAGGACGGCGCUCACAGAUGGCGGUUAGUUACACAGAUCCUGUCAUUUCCAUGGAUCUUCUGCGGACCGUUCUGCAGCCCAGCUUCAAUGAAGACAUCCGUGCUGUGUUUAGAAAAUAUAUGAAGUUUUUUGAGAAGGCGGCCAGCAAUGUGAAAGAGAACGUAGGAGGAGACGUCCAGCCCGACCAGCUGAUCAGAGACGCCUGCAGAAACUGCCUGGAACACGCAAAGCAGCUCUUUCCUGAUACAGAGAAGACGGCCCUGAAACCCAGUGUUGACCCAGCAGUGAAGCGUGCACGGCAGCCGGACGAUACCUCUGGCCAGAGAGACAGUCCCAUCCCUAAAAAGAGGAAAGGUCGUCCUCCAGGUACUGUUGUACAGUAUGACAGACCAGCCUCGUACAACACUGGAGCAAAACUCAAAAUAUCUGAGCCAAUAAAGCGAGAAGGACCUAAGUGGGACCCGUCCAGACUGACUGAGAGCAGCACAUUCGUUCUGGGAUCCAGGGCAAAUAAGGCUUUGGGAAUGGGCGGGACAAGAGGAAGAAUCUACAUCAAACAUGCAGAGCUCUUCAAGUAUGCCGCUGAUGCUCAGGACAAACACUGGCUUUCAGAAAGACAGCACAUGAGAGCCACCGGUGGAAAGAUGGCCUAUCUGCUAAUAGAAGAGGACAUUCUUGAUCUCGCCCGAAGUGAAGACUACAAGGACUGUCCUGAAUUGAAGCUGGAUGAAUUGAAACCAUUUGUAGUGCCGAUAUGGAUGGUGGAGAAGAUGCAGAAGGCAAUGGAAGCACAGAAAACUGAAAGUGAUCUUGUCAUAUAGUGCCACGCAGCUCGUUGGACCACGGCACUCGAGUGUUACCAAUUUAUCAUAACUGUAACUUUUUGUUGUUUAUUUUGUUUGUACGAUAUUCAUAGUAGACCCAGGCAUUAUGAUCAAGUUUCCCAGAAAUUGUUGCGUUGGGGGUUUACUUGGCAAAUCAAAAUUUAAUUUCACAUGCUAUAGUCUAAACUGGUCUAGAUCUGAAUUUUUUUUUUUGUGUGCUUUUUUUCCCCAUGACUUUGUAUUUAAAAGACUUGAAAAUCUAAUGAGGCACAUAUAGAGCCUUAAUGAUUUAUUUUAUUUUAUUUUAAAUACUGUGGUCAAUGGACAUUUUGUAUGUUUGUGUGUUUACCAUGAUUUAUUUCCUAUUUUUUUUAAACAAAUUAAUUCUAUGAAAUGUCAUAUCUGCUUUAAAAUGGAGAUUAUUUAGUUAAUUCAUUUCCCACUUAUUUCUCUUUUUAAAUAUAUUGCAUUGUUCUAAAAAACAAAAACAAAGAAGCUACUUCUCUCGCAGCAGAACUAUACAGAACUGUACAAUGACCUGUGAUGUUUUUACCUUACAUUAUCUGUCGUAACUUAAAUGUUUUUUUGUUUUUGUUUUGUUUUUUAAAGAAAUUAAAACAUUUUAAUUGACUGAUUUUAUAGCUUAUUAAAAAAAAUGUGUGGGGGGUUGGUAUUUAAAUUAUUUUCUAAAUGAAUUUCAUACCUGUUACACUCACCUAAUGUCUUUUUUAACUGAAAAUGUAUAACAGUUUAUUAAUGUAUGCAAGUAUAACCAAUAAACAGUUGUGUGCUAAA